AUGAAACCACUCCGACUGCUCCGUCUCCUAGCCACAGUCGCUAGAGUCAGAUCCCGUGCUACUCUAGUGGAAAGAUGCAAUGCUCAAAAUGUUCUCAACAUGGACCCUAUCCAAGUGUCUAAGGACGUUGAUCUUGACUAUAAGAGAUACAAGAUGACCAACUACGACACCAAAAUCAGAGUUAACAACUUCCUUGAGGCAGUGUUUUCCAAUGACUUGGUGCGCUCUGUCCAGUUGUUGUCCAAAUUUAGAAUGAAGUGUUCCAUUAACAAAGAUUCAGAUGCGUACGUCCGAAAUGUGGAGGUGUAUAUUUCAUGCUUAUCCACGCUACUAAUGUAUGCUUCUAACAAGGACACAGCAGCAACGACAUUUCAGAACUACCUGCUGCUCAUAUCAGAGGUAUUCAAGGUGCCUAAGCAUAUUUCAGAGGAGCGACAGGAAGAUAUUAGAAGCAUCCAUAUCAUGUUGGUCUUGGUGCUACUAAAGACCCUUCAGCUGGUUCCAGCUAACCAAAAGCGAACAUUGGCAGUUCUCAGAGCACAAAUAUUUGGCUUUACAGAUGCCCAUGCAAUUGGAACUACUGAAGUUCUCGAAAUUAUCAAAACAAAGAAUCCUGGUUUAAUUGAUCAGUACAAUUUCGUAUGGAAGACAAAUGUUUCGUUUGAGCAAAAAGGUGAGGAACCCCAUAUCAGCAUUGCCAAUUACUUGAAUCUGGACUGUACUAUGAGUUACAAGGGACUCUGCAAUUUUGUGGCUAAUGAACUGUUUGACUCCUCAAAAUUUAAUCAGGGAACCCAGCUUAAGUAUUAUGAAUUGUACGAGAAGCUCGGUGAAGAGGAUAAGGCUAGAUUCAUGGAAGAGUAUCUCCAGUUUAAUAGAAAGAAGCAGCUCUUGGUCGAAAGGUACUGCCAGGACUUGCAGAGUGACCCUUUGAGUACAACCUCCAACAAAAAUAAGGUUCAAAAAGCUUUAGCUCUUCCAUGGAUUGCUGAAAUCCAUAGAAGAAUAUGCCUGGAAUUGGACCGCAUAUUUGCUGGAAAGUCUCUGCAUUCUGAGCUUUCGAAGCUGUUCCUUCCACACAGUUUCCUAUUUCAGCAGGUUUCGAAGGAAGUGAUUACAUCGAUGGUGCUCAGAACAUUACUACGGGAGACUCUCAAAGACAGCUCGCUGGCUUCGGUUCUCCGAAUGACAAAAGAAAUGACAUUCAUGCUUAAAUUUCAUGUCAAGAAGACUCUGAACUUGGCCCCGAUAUUCAAUCGUGCUGAUUUGUUCCUAAGUGAAGAAGAUUCUAUAGCUUUGUUCUCAGCUCUUUUGAAAUUGACCAUCAUGUGUUCGAAAUUAGAAUCAUUAGGCUUGUUAGAUACUUAUCUGGAUAAUGGGUCCCAUUUCUCUGACCUGAUGUUUGCAUUCGAUUAUGAGCACACAAGUGAAGAUACACCUGGGUAUAAAAGAGCAGGUAUCAUUAGGGCCCAUCCGUUCUUACUUCGCAAUUCUGCUAUUUUUGAUGAAAUAUUCCAAGGAGGAGCAACAUAUCUUCCUAUGAUCCAUCCUCCGAAACCGUGGCAGUCGCCUAGUUCUGGCGGCUUUUUAUCCGAUAUUGCACCACUAGUAAGAUCCCUGGAGCCUGAAAUGUUGAACAAAUACUUGGUUCAAACGCAUUUGACUGGUCAGUUGAAUUCCACCUUCGAUAGUCUAAACUCUUUGGGUGAACUACCAUGGGCUAUUAAUGCUGACAUGGAGAUCCUUUUCAGCACAGUCAUCUCACUUCCUGGUGGAUUCUUAAAUAUUCCGCCUACUGGCGACUCCAUAGCGAAGAUUCCUAAACCGAAACCACCAAGAAGGAGCCAGUUCGCAACUUCAGAAGAUUAUUCUGCAGCCCAUAAAGCUUUUCAACGUUCUCUAAAAGAAUACAAUGAGAAUGUUAAAAAUCUUCGAAGCCAAAGGUCCUACUAUGAUAUGAAUGCGAUGAUAGCAAAUGCUCUUAACAAGAAAGGUGAAAUGUUUUACUUUCCUUAUACGCUUGAUUUCCGUGGACGAGUUUAUCCGGCGGUUUCUGUGUUGUCUUAUCAAGCUGAAGAUCUCAUCCGUUCUUUGCUUGUCUUUUGGGAAGCCAAACCUCUCGGAGAAAAUGGCUACAAUUGGCUCAAAUACCAACUUGCGAACUUGUAUUGUAAUCGGUUUAUGACUAUGGAGGAGCUGUGUGAAUUUGUUGAAAGCAAUAGAUCCAAUAUAGAGAGAUCGGCGCAAAAUUCUUUGAACGAAUUGUGGUGGACUGAAGCAGACACACCAUGGCAAGCUCUUGCACUUUGCAAGGAAAUCAGCAAGGUUUGGACUUUUCAAGGGAACGUGCGAGACUACAUGUGUCGUAUACCGAUCCACAUGGAUGGAACUUGCAAUGGGCUCCAGCAUUAUGCCGCCUUGGGAGCAAACGUUGAGGCUGCAAAGUCGGUUAAUUUACUCCCUAGCCAGAAAAAAAAUGACGUUUACCUCACUGUGUUAGGACUAGUCAAGCAAGAGGUGGCGAAGGAUUGCAAAGCAGAGGAUACUUCUGUUCGUAUGCUUGCACUCGAGACACAGAAUUAUCUCUCCAGAAAAGUUGUCAAGCGAACAGUGAUGACAACAGUUUACGGAGUUACUCUCUUUGGAGCAUACCGGCAAAUCAAAGAGACUUUGCCAUUAGUGGAUGCCGGUGGGUCGCCCAUUCUGAAUCAUAGGUUGACCGAAAUCCUGCUGUAUCUUGCCCGUCAGGUCCUUCAAGCAGUGAGCAAUUUGUUCGGCGAAGCAAGGGCUAUUCAAAACUUUCUCAAGCAGAAUACUUUACGAUGUAUUUCAGCGGUUGACUGCAACACCGUAAAGCAUUUUAAGAAAAUCGAUUUUUUCCAAAAGCUGUACAAGCCCAUGAUGUGGACUUCCCUUUCUGGGUUUCCUGUCAUUCAAAACUACAGAAAGAAAGAUAUCAGGGAGAUCAGAACUGUUCUUCAAAGCAUCACAAUCAGAAGAUCAACUUCAAAGUCUCCCAUAGAUUCACGCAAACAGAUCGGAGGAAUAGCUCCAAAUUUCAUACACUCACUCGAUGCUCUCCAUCUCCUCAUGACAAAUUUGGCUGCAAAACAAAACAGCAUUGCAUUCGCUGCUGUCCAUGACUCGUAUUGGACACAUGCAUGUGACGUUGCAACUCUCAAUCAAUUACUUCGCCAAGAGUUUGUUCGCUUGCAUUCAUCUGACAUUCUACUCAAUUUCUACAAUGAUCUCAAACACAUCAAUCGAGAUGCAUACCAGCUUGUAUGGGUUGAAAAUCAAUCGAAUGAACAAUUCGUGAGAGAGUUAAGCUAUCUUCGUGGCAAAAGGGAAGGCACAAAGAAAAGAGAAUGGCUUAAUCUGUGCUUGAAUGAGGAGUUAGUGAAUCUGGAUAAGGCAGCGAGAAUUGGUGACUUGAUUAAAUUUUAUAACCCUGAACUCAUCCUUAAAACAAAACAUAACGGAGAGGGCGUUGUCUAUGACUCAGAACUCAAUGUAAGGGCUUCGAGGUCGUUGGUGUCCUUCUUCACUCACACACCAUUGCUUGUGAAAAUUCGGCUUUCACCAGUUCCUGAAAUUGGGGAUCUCGACAUCCAGGAGGUGCUACAAAGUCAGUACUUCUUCUCAUAG